CUUAUUCUCACAGAGCCUCUCUCCUGACAACAUUCGACUUGUAUGCAAUUUGAAUCCGCCGUCGCUGGGCAGCGUUUGUUGCCGCGAUGUAUAUCAAGCAGAUAAUCAUCCAAGGCUUUAAAAGCUACAAGGACCAGACCAUUUUCGAACCCUUCUCGCCGGGCACCAAUGUCAUUGUCGGCCGAAAUGGUUCGGGCAAGAGCAACUUCUUCGCCGCGAUCCGCUUCGUCCUUAGCGAUGCCUAUACCCAGAUGAGCCGCGAAGAGCGGCAAGCCCUCCUCCACGAGGGAUCCGGUUCCGCAGUCAUGUCGGCAUACGUCGAGAUCAUCUUCAACAACUCCGACGGACGGUUUGUCGGCUGCGGCGAGGAAGUCACCGUCCGACGGACCAUCGGCCUCAAGAAAGACGAGUACUCCCACGACAAGAGAGUCGUGUCAAAGCAAGAUAUCAUCCACCUCCUCGAGUCAGCUGGCUUCUCAAAGUCCAACCCGUACUACAUUGUUCCUCAAGGCCGUGUGACGGCCCUGACGAAUAUGAAGGAGUCUGAGCGCCUGAACCUUCUCAAGGAAAUCGCGGGCACUAGCGUCUACGAAACCCGCCGCGCCGAAUCACUCAAGAUCAUGGCCGAGACCAACAACAAGCGAGAGAAAAUCGACGAGCUUCUUUCCUAUAUCAAGGAUCGGCUAAGCGAGUUGGAGGAAGAGAAGGAGGAGCUGCGAGGCUUCCAAGAGAAAGACAGGGAACGACGGUGUCUCGAAUAUGCCUAUUACCAUCAGCAGCAGGAGGCCAUUGCCCAGAAGCUCGGCGAGAUAGACGAGCUUCGCCAGGAUGGCGCGGGAGCUUCGAAUAAGGACCGCCAAGCUUUCCAAGCCGGAGAGAAGGCGAUUGCCCAAAUGGAGCGCAAGCUCCACGAGCUGCAGCAGCAAAUGGAGCUGCUCACCAUCGAGCGAGGCCAAUUGGAGGAAGACCGUCGAGACGCCUCCAAGGCUCAAGCAAAAGCAGAGCUCAAGGCAAAAAGCCUUGAUGAGACUAGACAUGCUAGAGAGCAAGCGCAGCGCCAGCAGGAGGCCGAACUGAAGAGUGUUAGACAAAAGAUACAGGCGAGCGAGACAGAGCUUGCGAGUCUCCGUCCUGAAUUUGAGAAGCGAAAAGCCGAAGAAGCCCGAGUUAAGCAACAGCUUGAUGCAGCCGAAGCAGGAAGGAACCGUCUCCUCACCAAGCAGUCUCGAAGCUCUCAAUUCAAAAAGAAGGCCGAUCGGGAUGCGUACCUCAAGAAGGAGAUAGAAGAUCUCAACCUAUCCCUCAGCAACCAAAAGGCAAACCGCCUGGACGCCGAGGAAGAAGUUAAAGCCGUUCAGAAAGCCAUGUCGAGACUCGAAACCGAGAUCGCUGGUCUUCGAGAGAGGCUUGAGGGCUACGGCGGCAGUCGGGAGACUCUGUUUCGGAAAUUGGUCAAGGCUCAGGAGGUCAGAGAUCAGCUCCAUGAGGAGAGGAAGUUGCUGAGACGUGACGACGAUAAACUGGAGUCGGUCAUAGGGAACACGCGUUCCGCGAAGGAGCAAGCGGAAAGGAAACUGUCCCAAGCCAUGGACAGUGCAACCGCACGCGGUCUUGCAACGAUCAGGCGUCUGAAGCAGCAGAGAAACAUCCCUGGCGCAUAUGGUACUCUGGCAGAACUCAUGAGCGUGCACGAAGCCUACCGUGUGCCUGUGGAGCAAGUCGCAGGGGGCAGCCUGUUCCACUACGUUGUUGACAACGAGCAGACGGCCACCUUGCUGUCUAGUGAGCUCUUCAAGCAGCAAGGGGGCAGGAUCACCUUCAUGCCAUUGCAACAGCUGCGCCCAAGAACGGCCAAUCUACCACGUGCUGCCGAUGCUGUUCCGCUCAUCAGCAAGAUCGAUUUCGAGCCCGAGUACGAAAAGGCCUUUCAACAAGUCUUCGGCAAGACAAUCAUCUGCCCGAGUCUGACUAUCGCCGGCCAGUAUGCGCGGAGCCACGGGGUCGAUGCCAUCACGCCAGAAGGCGACACCACCAACAAGAGAGGUGCCAUGACCGGUGGCUACGUCGACUCGCGCAGAUCUCGCCUGGAAGCAGUCCGAAAUGCCAACGAGUUGCGAGACCAGUUUGACGGUCACAUGGCCGAAGCCGAGAGCAUCCGCAGAAGCAUUGAAGUCAAAGACCAGGAGAUCACCCGAGCGAUGGGUGAGCUUCAAAAGCUGGAACAGGAGAUGCGCCAGCUCGAAAGCGGAUUCGAGCCCCUCAAAGCCGAGUUACGGAGCAAGACGGCCCAUCUAGAGCGUGAAACAGACCAUCUUGGUGCGGUGAUGAAUCGGCUUGCCGCGGUCGAGAAAAACAUGAAGGAGUUUGGCGACAAUCUAGUGGCCUACGAGGCAGAAUUGGCGACGGAAUUUAAGAAAGCUCUGUCGCCUGCCGAGGAGCGGCAACUCGAGGAAUUCAGCGAUCAAGCCCAGCAGCUGCAGAAGGAAUGGAACGAGGUCUGCAACAAGCGCCGAGAGCUCGAGAGCCACACAUCACGACUAGAAGUAGAGCUGAGGAAGAAUCUGCGCCCGCAAGAAGACCAGCUCAGCAGCCAGGCCUUUGAAAACGCCUCGGCUUCGGGCGCCAGUGGCAGCUAUCAAGACGCUCAAAAGGAGCUUAAGAAGGCUCAGAAAGCAGCCAGCGAAGUUCAAAGGCUGUUGCAGGUGACCGAGCAAAAGCUGGAGGAGCUGAGCGGUAACAUUUCGGAAGUGGACGCCCAGAAGUCCCAGCGAGAGCAAGAGCAGCAGGAACUCGCUCGGCAUAUUGAGAAGCAGCAGAAGAGGAUAAUGAAGGAGGCGCAGAAGAAGGCACUUCUCACGAACCAGGCCGCCGAACUUGCCAAGAGCAUACGAGACCUCGGCGUUCUGCCAGAGGAGGCGUUUGGCAAGUAUGAACGGAUGAAGUCGGAAACAAUUUCAUCCAGGCUCAAGAAGGUCAACGAGGCUCUAAAGAAGUUUAAACACGUCAAUAAGAAGGCCUUCGAGCAGUACAACAGCUUCACCACGCAGCAAGAGAACUUGCUGAAGCGGAGAAAGGAGCUCGACAGUUCCCAGAAGUCGAUCGAGGAGCUCGUUUCCCAUCUUGACCAAGUCAAGGAUGAGCAGAUCGAACGGACCUUCAAGCAGGUGUCGAGGGAGUUCGCAAACAUCUUCGAGCGCCUCGUCCCGGCGGGCCACGGCCGUCUGGUGAUCCAACGGAAGACGGAUCGCCGCCAAGAUCCAGUGGACUCGGACGAGGAACAGCGAGGUGGCGUGGAGAACUACACGGGAGUGGGCAUCAGCGUCUCGUUCAACUCCAAGACGAUGGACGAGCAGCAGAAGAUCCAGCAACUCAGUGGUGGCCAGAAGAGUCUGUGUGCUCUCUGCCUCAUCUUCGCCAUCCAGGCGACCGAAUCCAGCCCCAUGGUGAUUUUCGACGAGGUCGACGCCAACCUUGACGCCCAGUACCGCACUGCCGUCGCCAGCCUGCUCGACUCGAUCUCAAAGGAGGCGGGCACGCAGUUCAUUUGCACCACCUUCAGGCCCGAGAUCGUCCGCGUGGCUAACAAGUGCUACGGUGUCUUAUUCCGCAAUAAGAAUAGCACAAUCGACUGCGUCUCCACGGAGGAUGCGUUGAAUUUCGUCGAGGGACAGAAGCCUUAGACGGCGGUUCGCUAAACAACCAACCUUGCUUUCCUCGGAUUUGUCCCAUUCUUUUUUUCUUCAUAUUUUAUUCCCAUGAGCUGGUUGUGUUCGAGGAGUGUAUCCGGAUAUCUACUCCACAGCGAGUAUUUUGUAUGUAUGAUGGGAUGAAGGAAUUUGCGCGGCGGGUUUCUGACACGGA